CUCGGCGUCUCCUGUUGCCCGGACAACCGGCCCCGCCCGCCCUUGCAGCUCCCGACAGCCCGGCCGGACGGGGGGGGGGGUCUCGUGUGCCUCGACGCCGCCGCCGCCGCCGCCGCCGCCAUGGGGAAGAAGGGGGAGCGCGUCGCCAAGGACAAGACGGCCGCCUUGGAGGAGGAGGCCCGCAACGCCGCCAGGAAAGCCGGAGAGCACGGCGAAGAGGAGUACCAGUGCGCCGGCAUCCUGGAGCAGGACUUCGCAGAGCUGUGCGCCCGAGCCGGCUUCCAGGAGGUCCCCAAGGUGCUGCCCAGGCCCCACCCCUCGGCCUCCGCGGCGGCAGAGGAACCGGACCCGCUCGUGGAGAAGGAGUGGCAGAACAGCCUGAUGCGGAUCCAGGGGAAGUACGCCUACUUCCGACCCGCCAUCCAGGUGGAGCUGGAGCACGAAGACCCCAAGUCCACCCGGGAGAUCUUCAUCCGGGGUUGGAGGCUGGAAGACAAGAUGCUGGGCGUCCUGGCCAAGUGCUUGCCAGCCCUCUCCCACCUCCAGACCAUCCGCCUCUGGAAGGUGGGCCUGACGGACCUCUCCCUGCUCUCCUUGAUCGCCGUCCUGCCAAACUGCCCCACCGUCAAGGUGCUGUCGCUGGAAGGGAAUCCACUGCCUGAGCGGUCUUUCUACAAGCUGAUUGGCGAAGACAGCACCUUGGCCCACGUCUCCCUGCGUAACAACAACAUUGACGACGAAGCCACCUCUCUGAUUGCUCAGGCGCUUUCGUCCCUCCGGACCUCCAACAAGACCCUGGCCUCCAUCAAUCUCAGCUACAAUUUCAUCACUGACGUGGGAGCAGCCUCCCUGGCGAACGCCCUGCGCCUCAACCGCUCUCUGCUCUCCCUGUCUUUGUCACACAACCGCAUUGGAGAUGAGGGCGCCGUAAAGCUUGCAGAGAUUCUUGCCCCGUUUGCCCUCACUCACAGCGAGAUCGUUGAGAGGCGGCGCCUCUUGCUGGAAAAGGAGAGCCAGGAGCCCUGCCGGAUGCCCCAGCGGUACUCGGAAUCGAAGGCCGACCGUCCCGCCAGCCAUGCCAGCAGCACCACACUGGACAAGCUGCAGCCCGUCAAGACCGGCAAAGCCACUGGCAAGAAGAAAGAGCCGGCCAAGAAAGAGGAGAAGGGGCAGGGCGGUGGCGGGGCAGCCCCUCAGGCCGGAGGAGCCGCUCAGACCAAGAAGGAAGAGGUCAAGCAAGCCAAGAAAGCCAUUCCCGCCCCAGAACAGAAAGCAGCUCGUGGCAAAGGAACGAAAUCUGGCAACAAAGACAGACGGUCCCAAAUCACGGAAGUGGAGGCGCUGGAGCCCACAGAGACAGUGAACCCGCUCCUGGAACUUGCCGAACACAGUGAUGGGAAAGUUUUCCUGCCAGGAAAUCGCGUCCUGAUCUACUUGAACCUCAUUCGUAACCAAAUCUCAGAGCUGGGCCUGAAGGCUUUUGUGACGGCCGUGGAGCAGCAGGCGAGCAAAGCGCCCAGCAGCGGAGGGAAGGGCCCUGCGGGGCUCCUGCAUCUCGCCCUGGGGAAAAACAAGUUCCCCUCAGACAGCAAGUCCUUUGCCCGGAUCCAAGAGCUGAUGGCUCCUCGUGACCCCCUCCCGAAGUCAGCCAAGACACCCGAGGAUGAACAGGGCUCCACUGCGUAGCACCCGCCAGCACCCAACCCCAGCCUCUCCCUUCCGGCUGUGCCUUCGAACUCCACUGAGUGGAGCCAGAGCAGACCUCUCCAGCUCUGAGCAGAGUGCAAAUAAACGACUGGUUCUGCUA